CUGUUUUUAUUUAUUUCUUUGUUUCAUGUGCAUAAAACAACAACAAUGGUGGAUAAUUGAACAAGUGUGAAUAUUAGGAUGAGCGAAUGACAUUUCCAGUUCCUUUUAUCAGACCGCUAUCACAAGUGAAUCAACAGGGGGAGGAUGAAGCGGCGCAAUGCGGACUGCAGCAAACUCCGACGGCCGUUAAAACGGAACCGAAUCACCGAGGGUAUAUAUAGCAGCACAUUCCUGUACCUGAAAUUCCUGGUGGUGUGGGUGUUAGUUCUGCUGGCUGACUUUGUGCUGGAGUUCAGGUUCGAGUACCUGUGGCCCUUCUGGCUUUUCAUUCGAAGUGUCUACGACUCCUUCAGAUAUCAGGGACUGGCAUUCUCUGUCUUCUUCGUAUGUGUGGCGUUUACAUCAGACAUCAUCUGCCUCCUCUUCAUCCCUGUCCAAUGGCUGUUUUUUGCUGCCAGCACCUACGUAUGGGUCCAGUAUGUCUGGCACACGGAGAGAGGAGUCUGUCUACCUACUGUGUCACUGUGGAUCUUGUUUGUGUACAUCGAAGCUGCCAUACGGUUCAAAGAUCUGAAGAACUUUCAUGUAGACCUAUGUCGACCCUUUGCUGCUCACUGUAUCGGCUAUCCAGUGGUGACUCUGGGCUUCGGUUUUAAGAGCUACGUUAGCUACAAGAUGCGACUGAGGAAACAGAAGGAAGUGCAGAAGGAGAACGAAUUCUACAUGCAGCUUCUACAGCAGGCUUUACCUCCGGAGCAACAGAUGCUGCAGAGACAAGAGAGGGAAGCAGAGGAGGCGGCUAUAGCUAAAGGGAUCUCAGAGGUAGAACCCUCAGUAAUAUCCCAAAACGGAGCUCCUCCCGGAAAGAAAAGCACCACAGUCCUGUUACCAGAAUUGGAGUACCGGGAAAAAGGGAAGGACAGUACAGGAAAAGAGCGUGAGGGCAAAAAACAAAACACAAUUGGAAUCAAUAACAACAGUAUUUUACACGCACUGGACUCCAAACUACAGGAGACAGAGUAUAUAGAGAACUACGCUGGGGCAAAGAGACUGAAUAACGACCUGGCGGGAGAAAACACACACGCCGAAACCAACACACAUUCAACUUCUAAAGAGGAAAUGGGGGGCAAGAACUACAAAAAUGCCAGCGGAGGCGGGGGCAACAUUUCCAACUCGUCUCCACGGAAUCACAGUUCUUCAAAUGGCAGCGUGCCACAAGGUUCCUCAACCGGUAAGAAUGAGAAGAAACAGAAGGGGUCAGGGAAGAGCCAGAAGGACCCAGUGGAGAACUGCAUCCCCAACAACCAGCUGGGCAAACCAGAUGCUCUUGUACGACUGGAGCAGGAUGUUAAGCGUCUGAAGGCAGACCUUCAGGCCAACAGGCAGUUGGAGUCAGAGCUGCGGAGUCAGCUUUCCUCUCUGAGCAGCCAGGACCGCAGCCUUCGCUCUGAACUGGGCCAACUCCGUCAGGACAACGAGCUGCUACAGAACAAGCUCCACAGUGCCGUCCAAGCCAAGCAGAAAGAUAAGCAGACCAUCUCCCAGCUAGAGAAGCGGCUAAAGGCUGAGCAGGAGGCCCGCGCCCUCGCUGAGAAACAGCUGGCUGAGGAGAGGAAGAGGAAGAAGAUGGAGGAAGCCACUGCUGCCAGAGCCGUAGCAUUAGCAGCUGCCACCAGAGUGGAGUCCACUGACUCUCUGCGUGGUCGUAUCCGAGAGCUGGAGACAGAGUGUAAGAAGCUUAGCAUGGACAUGAAACUUAAGGAGGAGCAGAUUAGGGAUCUGGAGGGCAAGUGUCAGGAGCUGCGGAAGUAUAAAGAGAACGAGAAGGACACAGAGGUGUUGAUGUCAGCGUUGUCAGCCAUGCAGGAGAAGACCCAGCACCUGGAGAACAGCCUAAGUGCUGAGACCAGGAUCAAACUGGACCUCUUCUCUGCACUGGGGGAUGCCAAGAGGCAGCUGGAGAUAGCACAAGGCCAGAUCCACCAGAGGGAGCAGGAGAUCGCCGAGCUGAAGCAGAAGAUAGCAGAGGUGAUGGCAGUAAUGCCCAGCCUGUCCUACUCAUCAGACAGCAGCAACCUCAGCCCCGUCACCCCACACUACUCCUCCAAGUUCAUGGACAAUAGUCCCUCCUCCCUGGACCCCAACGCCUCAGUCUACCAGCCCCUCAAAAAGUGACUGUGACACCCACACUUUUGUCUGACAGAACUUUCUCUUUCUUUAUCUUGAUGAAGCUCUCAGUUCUGGUUUGAGUUAUUUUGAGUUAACCAGCCCCUGACUGUUUUUGCACUCUUACCACAUAACAACACACACACACACGCACAAAAACACAAACACACUGCACACAAACCCUCCAUACAUAUGUGUAUUUGGCUUUUUUUUUGGUUCUAUUAUGAGAACCAUUAUUUUGAAAGGGGUUGUGUAUUAUAUGAUUUUUUUGAAAGGGGGGUGGAUUUAGCCAUUAGUCAGUAUGAUGUAUUUGAAGGGGCAGAAAGGAACACACAAUUUGUUGGCCAAAUGUUUAAGAAGAGCCAUCAUGCAUUGCUUUAUGUCAGUCUUCUUUUGGUGUCAGUAUAAACCUCCCCACAGCCAUAUUUUCUGCUAUACGGAGCUGACACCCAGGCUUAUAGUUUUAAAUACAAUUGGCUUUUCUUGAUGGUUUGUGUCAAGGCAGAAGACAUGUUUUCAGUUCACAUUUGAGACUGAAACUCACCUGUAAAGUAAAGCCCUGUGAGAUACAUGAAUGUAAGACAAUUCAUGUUUUGUUAUCACCACUAACUUAAAUCAGUGAUUGACUGUUUUGUAACGUAUCGGUUCAGUUAUAUGUAACAACAGUUGUCAUGGUUCAGUUUCUUCUAAAAUAGUGAUACUGAACCAACAAACAGUUGCUGCGUUCUUCAAAUAUUCCAAUACAGUUUGUUCUCUUGGUGCUGAAAUAGUGAAGCCUCCAGGAUUAUCAUUAAAUGGAUGUUCUGUCCGUAAAAAAAAAUAAAAAAUAAAAAAAAUAAAUAAAUGCUACUGCUAGAUUCGACCUGGCACUGCCAAAUAUUAACGUUCACCUGUUUGCUGCAGACUCCUUUCCUCACCCUCUGGACCAAAUUAGAAACUGCUGGGUCAUAAUGCUCACUGGAUUUAAUGAUGUCGAGGUAACUAGUUGUUACCAUUAUUUGCAGAUUUUACAGUGCCUUGCAGUUUGUCUUUUCGAGAUGCAAAAACCACGUACUUUGCAAUCCUGGGAUCUAAAAGCAUCAAGCCCCCAAGUCGUGUUUCUCUCUCUAGCUCUGAUUUGCCUGGUUUUCAUUCAAGAGUUCUUACAUUUUUUCAAUUCAGUAUUCAGAGACUAAAAAGUGUCACCUCAGACACACACAGUCUUUAUUCCCAGCAAAUUGAUCUCAAUAUUACAGACUUAAAGGGAAAUUAUUACAAUGGACAUGGUACAUUCAUUUCAUAGUGACACAGUCUUGGUAUGCCAAACACCAACCAAACUGAUUGUCUAUUAUCAUGCCCUAGAGUUGGCAUUUAGUUGUUUACAACAAUGUACAUUAACAUACUGAGGAAUGUUUUCUUUGUUUAUUUCAUUUCACUUCUUAAGUGCCAAGUGUUGAUGUUCAGUUUCCAUCCAUACUUUGAUCGAUGUAGCUAGCAUAAUGUUUGCAGAAGAGUGCUGUUAUUUAAUUCUCUCUGUCAUUAGAGCAUAUUCAGAUGGUGUUGUGUUUACAAGGUUCUGGGCUGAUCAUGAUGAAACAGCAGCUGGUCGGUUGGACUGAUUGUGUUAUUCACGCAUUUAUUUAUUUGUUACUUUUGUUGAGUGGCACCUUCUUGAUAUUUCUCAUCAUAUUCAGUUGAUUUCCUAUAUUUCAUAUCAGGAAGGACUCUGUGAAUGUGUUGUGUUGGGGAAAAAGUUACCCCUGAACCAUUUGACCAUGUUGUGCUGUCAUGUUGCCUACCUGGAAAAAGUAUUUUUUGUGGAUCGCUCUGGUGUUGUGAAUUCAGUUCUCAAGUUGCUUUUAUAAGUUUGUGUAGAAGGAAGAGAAUGGUUUUUUUUAAAAAAAUUGCUUUGUUUUAUCUUUUCAUUGUUCCACUAUGUUUAUUUUCUUUACCCAAAGUGAUGGUGGUUGUGUCACACUUUUCACUUUGGCCAUCACUAUUAAAGAAAGUCUUGCUGGUGGCAAUGCAGGCUGUUCAGUC